CUGUUAAGCCCCCCUCACGUGCCUCACACAUGAGGGUAAUUUCGUCAUUUCAUAUGUCAGGGACCAUUUUUGCAUAAACGUUUUUUUUGGAUUAAUUGACAUUUACCCCUCAUUUACUUUCCCCAACACUCGUCAACUCCCCAACUCCCUCCUUCUUGCUUCUGCUCCAUUGAACCUGCAAAAAACCCUCGUUGCUUAUCCAAACAAGAUAAUCGACACUACACAUAUAAGGGCAUACGUUUAAUACGAAAUGGUGUUCGUAAUGUGGCAUAUCAGACCAAAACGCGAAGUUGUUGAUGUAUCAACUGUAUAUGCUGGUGCACCCACAUGGUUUAGUAUUAAGCUUCAUCACGGUGGGAAAUUUACUAAAUUACCUGAUAUAAAGUACAUUGGAGGUGAAGUGCGUUAUGUUGAUUAUCUGGACAUUGAUGAGUUUUCUGUGCAUGAACUUGAUGCCAUAAUGCUUGACCUAGGUUACCCAGACCCACGAAAUUCUGAAUUCGCUGAUGAAUCCCCAGUUAUAUACUACCAUUUUAGGAUACCCAAUGGUGACUUUCAAUUUGGUCUUAGAGCUUUAGGGAAUGAUCAGGAUGUGAUCAACCUUUCUAAAUACAUUGCACAUAACAAGCUGAUUGAGGUGUACACAGAGCAUGGAAAGACAAAUUUAUUGACUUACUUCAUGUCACCAAAUGCAAAGGGUAAAGUUGUCAUUGAGGAAUUACCAGAAAAUGAUGAUCAAGGGGCUGAAGUUGAGGGUCAAGUUCAUGCAGAUUCUCCAAUGAAAAAUGUGAACCAUGGUAAUGGUGAGCCUAUUGGUGAGUUCAUGUCUCUGAUUCUUUUUGGGAGUAAGAAUGAUAGUUUCUCACCAGAGUAUAGAAGGGGUAGGGUUGGGAAUUCCAAAAUAGGUGAAAGUUCUUGUAGCAAAAGGCUUAAUUUAGAUUAUAUUGAUGAGGUUGUUCACAUUUCAAAGGAAAAGAAUGAUGAUCUGGAUGGUUCAACUAAUGUUCAGGAGGCAGCAACUUGUGUUCAUAUUGAUGAGAUGGAUGAGUAUGAAGGGGAUGGAGAAUCUGAAGAGGGUAAUCAAGAGUAUGAAGAGGAUGAUGAAUCUCAAGAAAGUGAUCCAAAUUUUGAAGAGUAUGAUGAAUCUGAAAAUAGUGAUCCAGAGUAUGAAGAAGAUGAGAGACAAAUAGAAGAUGAAGAUCAUAUGGAUGACAUAAUGGAUGUUGACAACAAUAUACAGGAUGUGGAUGUGGACAUGGGAGACUUCACUCUCAAUGUUGAAAGUGAUGUGGAAGGUUCUUGUAUAAAUGUUGUUCAUGGGCAUGAACCUGAAGAUAUGGAAGUGAUUAACAAUGAGGAAUUUGAAUCUUUGGAUGAAGGAUCCGACCAAGACAGAGAGAGAAGAGCUCUUAUCAAGAAUUUGAGAAAAGAAAAAAGGUGCAGUCUUGGGGUAGUACAUAAACAAUCUUUUUCAGUUGGAGAUAAAUUUAAUAGUAAAAAAGAAUUAAAGGAGGCAAUUGAUCUGCAUGCACUAGAAUCAAGAAGGAAUCUUUUCUUUAAAAAAAAUGACAAUGUAAGGCUUAGGGCACAGUGUAGAGGUGUUGUACCUGUCACCAAUAAAGGCCAAGUGGGUAGUCAAGCUACCACUUCAAAAAGAAAGGGUAAAGAAUUAAAGACACAAAAAGUAACAUGUGGUUGGUACAUUCAUGCAUCUAGGUCAAAUCCUGAAUCCGACUGGUUUAUAAGGACCUUAAACCAAACUCACACAUGUUUGCAAACAAGGAAACUCAGGGCUUGUACUGCUUCUUUAAUCAGCAAGAAAAUCUUUGAUCAAGUUGAGGCGAAUCCAGAUAUACCUUUGAGAGCUAUACAAGAUCACUUUCAAAAGACCUACCAAGUGGGUGUUAGUAUGGACAAGGUGUUCAGGGCAAAGGAUAAGGCAAGAAAGCAUGUAACUGGUGACUACACAAAGCAGUAUGAAUUGUUGAGGGACUAUGUUCUUGAACUUCAAGCCACCAACCCAGACACCACAGUGAAAAUAGAUGUAUGUUCUGAGCCUAACCCUGAUUCCCCAACUAGGCAGUUUAGAAGAAUUUAUGUGUGCUUGGGUCCACUGAAAAAAGGGUUCAAGGCAUGCCUUAGGGACUUAUUAGGUUUUGAUGGUGCCUUCAUGAAAGGACCAUUCCCUGGGCAAGUCCUUUCAGCAGUUGGUCUUGAUUCCAAUAAUGGAAUUUACCCAUUAGCAUAUGGGAUUGUUGAGUCUGAAAACAUAGAAAGCUGGAAAUGGUUUUUAGAUAACCUUGGGGAUGACUUGGACCUUGGAAGAAACUCAAAUUUUACUUUCAUAAGUGACAGGCAAAAGGGUUUACAUACUGCAGUUGAGCAAAUUUUUCCCAAUGCUGAGCAUAGAUAUUGUAUCAGACAUAUUCAUGAUAAUAUGAGGAAAAGAUGGAGGCAAACAGAGUACAGGGACCACUUAUGGAGGUGUGCAUCAGCUACCACCAUUCCUGAGUUUGAACAUUUGAUGAAGGAGUUUAGUCAGUAUGAUAAGGAGGCAUGUGAAUGGUUGAAGCAAAUUCCUCCUAAACAUUGGGGUUUUAGUCCAAACCCCAAUGUUAUGGAAAUUAUUUUUGGAGACUUUUAA